AUGUCUGCUCAAGAUUACUACGGCGGCGGCGGUGGCGGCGGCGGUUAUCCUCAGCAUCCCCAGCCUUCUUACGGUCCCCCUCAAGGCCAAUACGGCCCUCCCCAGGGACAGUAUGGCCCCCCUCAAGGGCAAUAUUACGGUCCACCCCAAGGUCAACCUCCCAUGCAAUAUCAACAAGCGCCUCCUCAACAAAGUGGUGGCAAGCGCGGCGGCGGUGGCUGCUUGACAGCUUGUCUGGCGGCCUUGUGCUGUUGCUGUGUUGCUGAAGAGGGAUGCGAGUGCUGGUAA